CCCAGAGGACCUGAUCGGGACGGACAUGGACAUGGACAUCACCAGGACGCUGCUCCUAUGCCUGGCUCUGGCCCUCACAUAUGCAGACCACCAUGAGGACCAUGUCACAGCAGCAGAGGAUCCAGCUCUGCCAGAUCGUUGCCAGGGCCUAGAGUUUGACGCCAUCACUCCUGAUGAGAAUGGAAACACUUUCUUUUUCAAAGGGUCCCAUGCAUGGAAGGGUUUCCACGGUCCAGCCCAGCCCUUCAGCGAGUUCUUCAAGGGGCUGGAGAGUCAUCACGUCCACCACGUGGACGCAGCUUUCCGCAGGCAUGAUGAAGAGAACAAAGAUGAUCACGAUCACGUCUACAUCUUCCUGGAUGACAAGGUUUUCAGUUUUUACAACUCCACUCUUGAGGAUGGCUAUCCAAAACCCAUGCAAGAGGACUUUGAUGGAGUGCCCACUCACUUGGACGCUGCUGUCGAGUGUCCCAAAGGAGAGUGCAUGACCGAUUCAGUCCUGUUCUUCAAAGGACAAGAUGUACACAUUUAUGACAUUUCCACAAAGACAGUGAAGACCAAGACGUGGCCUCAUCUGCCUGCCUGCACCUCCGCCUUCCGCUGGCUGGAGCACUACUACUGUUUCCAUGGAAACAACUUCACCAGGUUUCACCCUGUAACCGGAGAGGUGAGUCCCGGAUACCCAAAAGACGCCCGCAACUACUUCAUGAAGUGCCCAGAUUUCGGUCAUGGAGGCAACGGAAGAGUCCCCAAAUGCAAUGAGGUCAAACUGGACGCCAUCACAACAGACGAUUCUGGAAAAACAUAUUUAUUCAGUGGUCCCUUGUACAUGCGACUGGACACCCACCGAGACGGCCUCCACAGCUUUCCAAUCACCAGAGCGUGGAAGGAAGUGACCAACGGCGUAGACGCAGUUUUCUCCUACACCGACAAAAUCUACUUGAUUAAGGGUGAUCUGGUUUACAUCUACAAAAGUGGUGCGCACUACACUCUGAUCGCAGACUACCCUAAAAGCCUGAGGGGUGAGCUGGGUGUUGAAGGCCAGGUGGAUGCUGCUUUUGUCUGCCCCAAUGAACACACAGUACAUGUAAUCCAAGGAGGCAGGAUUCGUGACGUCGACCUGACUGCCACGCCCAGGGUUAUUCAAAGGGACCUACCCCUGCCUCUGGUCGGCAUUGAUGCCAGUCUGUGCGGUGCAGAUGGAGUGAAGAUCUUCAAAGGGUCACAUUAUUACCACUAUGAAAGCACAAGGACGCUGAGCACGGCCAGGAUUGCUCCUGAGCCACUGCCCAUCAUUCCAGCAUUGAUGGGCUGUGACGAUUCGCAGUGAAGAGGAGGAA